GAAGAUUAUUAUGAAAUAGCAUGACACUUCUAUACACGAAUAUCCCGAGAGAGAGAUGACUGAUACACGGAGAGCAUAUGGCCGAACUGCACAGUAAGGACAAGUCCGAUUCCGGUGAGUGUAGAUAUGUACGUGAUGAGUGAUGAGGUACGAGCGCAGUUCGCGCAGCCUGGUCGUCCGCAAGAAGCAGCAAGAAGGCAAGAAGGGGAUACACCAGACACACCCGCACCCGGACGCAGUCGCAUGCUACCCGCGCGCCCGCCGCAGCCACAUCCCCUCACCAUCCCGCGAUUUGAAACGGUCCAGCGCGGACGACGAUCACCGCAGCAAGGCGGCAAGCCGUGUGCCGCGCCGCUGGGUGUUGCCAUCCCAAGGAUACAGCUCGUCCAUCGUUCGAGCAGUGGGAUCCACCGUCCGGGAUCCCCGCCGCACAGGCAGGCGCCAAGGAACGGAUAGAUGAGAUGAAAGGGAGAGGGGAUCGCGGAACCGCGGGGAUACUGGGCCGAAUGAGCGGGCACAGCAACCAGGCACGCGGGGCGGGAGAUGCACUCUCGGUACCACGAGGGGGUGCGGGCCCUGCGGCUCGGGAGAAGAGCAGCGAGAAUGCGGGUGCCUGGACGUUAAGUGUGGGGGGCGAAUGGAAAAGGUGGUAAGGUGGGGCUGUCGCGCCCGGGGCCCCUGUGUUGUUUCAUAUAGACGGCGAUAUGGGCCAU